AUGGCGGACACUCGGGCACACUACGGUCAGCAGCCACUUCAUCAGCAGAUGGGGAUGAAGGGGCCAACCCAGCAGCAGCCCAGGUCCCACCAGAUGGUGAAGGCGGCCACCGCCGCCACUGCCGGUGGGUCCCUCCUGAUCCUCUCCGGCCUGACGCUCGCCGGGACGGUGAUUGCGCUGACCCUGGCCACCCCUUUGCUGGUGAUCUUCAGCCCGGUGCUGGUGCCGGCGGCGAUCACGGUGUUCCUUCUGGGGAGCGGGUUCCUGGCCUCCGGCGGGUUUGGGGUGGCGGCAUUGAGCGUGCUGUCUUGGAUUUACAGGUACGUCACCGGAAGGCACCCGCCGGGAGCUCACCAGCUGGACUAUGCCCGCCAGAAGUUGGCUCAUACGGCCAGGGAGAUGAAGGACAAAGCUGAGCAAUUCGGUGGCCAGUACGGUCCUGGGUCCCAGCAGCAUACUUCUUGA